UCGAGGCUGCUUGUUUGUCACAGACUCUGCACAGAGGGCAACAGCUCAGCGGCUUUCCCAGGGCCUGCAUCACAGCUGAAAAGCUCUGCCAACAUGGCACCAUCGUUUCUGUCGCGCCAAGGUCUGCCCCGCCUGGCCUACCACCGCCUACCAGGCUGCAGCCCCGGUGUCGUCUUUUUGCUGGGCUUCCGCAGCACCAGAGCCAACCCCAAGUGUCAGAGGAUGGAGCAGUUCUGCCGGGAGACAGGACGGGCAUUCGUCAGCUUUGACUACCGGGGAUGUGGGGAGUCAGAUGGCUGCUUUGAAGAGAGCCGCCUGGGGGACUGGAAGGAAGACACCUUGAGUGUGUUCGACGAGCUCACCAGCGGCCCCCAGGUAAGCAUCCCUGCGAUUCACUAAGCCAACCCUGGCUGGCACGGACACCCACCUCAC